AUGGCAUACGACACGGGCAACGUUGCUGCCCCUCGAGUUGCUCAAGCUACUGGUACUGCUGCCGCCACAGCACCGCCCGAGCGACAUGAACUCGUUCGGAAGCAGCAACAGCCCCUGCAGACUGCCAUUGCUGCGCCCGACAACACCUGUGGCUACAUGUCCGGACUCUCCUCGCAGGUGGCCUGCGUCGGCGGCGGCGCCGGCUUCACGACGCGCUGUGACUCGGCGUGCCAGGCCGAUACGGCGGCGACGCGCAAGUGCACCGGCAGCACCGACACGUACUGCGUGACUCUCAGCUUCGGCGCCGGCACCGAGGCCUACUGGUGCACAAACUCGCCCGGCGUCACCUGGGCCGUCUCGACGACGUAUCCCGGCCAGCUCAACCGCACCUUCACCACCAGCGUCAUCGAUGCCGUCUGGACCACGUCGCUGCCUUUUGCUUCUGGUGCCGCCACCACGGCCCCGGCGUCAUCUGCCAGAUCCAGACCUACUCCUGCUACUCCUACUACUUACUCCAUUCCCACGAUCCCCUCCAUCAACAGUAGCAGCGGCGGCAGUAACACGGGCGCCAUACCAGGCGGGGUGGUUGGCGGCGUGGCGGCCCUGGCUCUGAUGGGCCUAGGUAUCUGGCUGGCCAGGCGGCGCAGCCGGAACAAGCAAAGCAACACCCGGACCGACGACAGCGGCCACUUAGCAACCCCAGGGCAGGGGCCACAAGAAUUGUCCGCUCUCGGAGGAGGAGGAGCUCGGCAACUCCGGCAAAAGCCAGAGCUCCUACCAUCAUCGGAUCAACUCAAGGAGCUCGAAGCCGGCGGCAGCCGAGCUGUGCACGAGGUCGACGCGCCGUUCCUCACGGGCUCCGCCGAGACGGGCGGCGAUGCUGUUGGCGAGCGCAAUGUGCACGAUCACCACCAGGGCGAGUUGCACGAGCUGGCCUGAUCGGGUUGGUGACUGUGUCUAUGCUUGGGUCUUAUAAGUGCCUAUCUGCCCCUGCGACAUCUUGGCCAGACGAAUCGAAUCGGCGUCGAGCCGAUCGCAGCUCCGGGGUAGUUGGAUGAUUAAAGAUGAUUGCAUGGAUGGCGAGCAGAAUCACACAAAUGUCGGCACAUGUGGGCUAUUU